CAUCAUUUUUUUUUGUUGGGGUGUUCCUUUCUGGGGGAUUACAGCCACACACGCACAAAAAAAGGAUACAAAAUAAGCAAUGCAGAUGAGGUAACAUCUCCACCCGAGUGAAACAGGAAGUGUCGUCUGUGAGCAGCCAUGGGCCAGAGAGCUGUGCUUCUGCUCAGUGAGCUGCUGCUGCUGCUGCUGACAGCCUCACGCACUCUCCUCGCAGUCAGCUUCCCCGAGGACACCGUGCCCCUCGACGUCGUUGACGCACACUUUGCACGGAGGUACCCUGUGUUCAGAGGCCGGCCCUCUGGCAACGAGUCACAGCAUCGCCUUGACUUUCAGCUGAUGACCAAGAUACAGGACACUCUGUUCAUCGCUGGCAGAGAUCAGGUGUACCUGGUCAGUCUGAGAGAGUCCUACAGGAAUGAGAUCAUUCCUUACAGGAAGCUGACGUGGCGUUCGGGCCAGUCGGACAGAGACACGUGUGCCGUGAAGGGAAAACACAGAGACGAGUGCCACAACUUCAUCAAAGUGCUAGUUCCCAGAAACGACGACCUGGUGUUCAUCUGCGGCACCAACGGCUUCAACCCCAUGUGCCGAUACUACAGGCUGGAUAACCUCGAGUUUGACGGAGAGGAGAUCAAUGGACUGGCACGAUGCCCAUUUGACUCCAAGCAAACCAACGUUGCCCUUUUUGCUGAGGGGAAGCUGUAUUCGGCAACUGUAGCUGACUUCCAGGCCAGUGACGCUGUCAUCUAUCGCAGUAUGGGUGAUGGAUCAGCCCUGAGGACCAUCAAAUACGACUCCAAAUGGCUGAAAGAACCUCAUUUCCUGCACGCAGCAGAGUAUGGGAAUUAUGUGUACUUCUUCUAUCGGGAGAUUGCGGUGGAGCACAGCAAUCUGGGCAAGGUUGUGUAUUCUCGCGUGGCCCGGAUCUGUAAGAACGACGUCGGCGGGUCACAGCGGGUGCUGGAAAAGCACUGGACAUCUUUUGUGAAGGCGAGGCUGAAUUGCUCGGUGCCGGGGGAGUCCUUCUUCUACUUCGACGUGCUCCAGUCCAUCACCGACAUCAUCAACAUCAACGGGUUGCCCUCGGUGGUCGGUGUGUUCACCACACAGAUGAACAGUAUCCCAGGGUCAGCAGUGUGUGCCUUCUCCAUGGCCGACAUAGAGAAAGUGUUCUUGGGACGGUUCAAAGAGCAGAAGACUCCGGACUCGGUGUGGACUCCGUUUCCAGAGGAGAAGCUUCCCAAACCUCGACCUGGGAGCUGUGCGGGUCACGGUCCAGCUGCGUCCUUAAAGAGCUCCAUCGAGUUCCCGGACGACACCCUGCAGUUCAUCAAGUCCCACCCCCUCAUGGACACAGCUGUGCCUUCUAUUGGGGACGAGCCCUGGUUCACCAAGACUCGCGUCAGGUACAGAAUGACAGCGCUGGCUGUGGACAACGAAGCAGGACCUCACAAGAACUACACCGUGGUGUUCAUCGGGGCCGAGUCUGGGGUUGUCCUCAAGGUUUUGGCCAAGACCUCCUCCGUGUCUCUGAACGACAGCGUGCUCCUGGAGGAGAUCGACGUCUUCAACACGGCCAAGUGCCUGUCUAACCACGAGGAUGACAAGCGUGUCCUCUCGCUGCACGUGGACAAAGAGGCACACAGCCUGUACGUGGCCUAUUCAAGCUGUGUCAUCCGUAUUCCCCUGAGUCGCUGUGAAAGGCAUUCUUCCUGCCACAAGUCCUGCAUUGCAUCAAGGGAUCCCUACUGUGGCUGGAAGCCUCAUGGGGCCUGUGAGAGAAUACAGCCGGGUGAUGUGACUGGAUAUGAGCAAGACAUUGAAUUGGGAUACACUGCCCACUUGGGAGACUGCCACGCGUUUUUGGGCACUACAUCAGCGCCAGAUUACAAAUCAUUUGGCGACCCUACCUCUGACAUGGAGUUUUCAUCAACGCCAGUCACAGUCCACCCCAGUGGGCCCAUACACCCCCCAGUACUCAUACCCACUCAGAGCCCCAGCUCUGGGCCUGAUCCAGAGCUCUACGGCUCAGGCUUUGUGCUGCAGGAUGACCCAGCCACCUCCCAUUCUUUAGACUCUAUCCCAGGGGGCCAAGAGGGAGUGUGGGAUAUCCAAGCCGGUGAGACCAACCAGAUGGUCCACAUGAACAUCCUCAUCACUUGCGUGUUUGCUGCCUUUCUCAUGGGUGCCCUCCUGGCGGGUCUGAUAGUUUUCUGCUACCGAGACUCAUUCCUCCGUAAGCCCAGACGUGUCCACAAGGAUGCAGAGUCGGCACCGUCCUGCUCCGACUCCACUGGAAGCUUUGUCAAGCUCAAUGGCCUCUUUGACAGCCCUGUAAAGGAGUACCAGACCAACAUUGAUUCUCCCAAGCUGUACACCAAUCUGCUGAGCAACGGCAAAGACCUGAAUUCCCCCAACGGAGACACAAAGACCAUGAUCUUGAGGGAUGGCUGUCAGCCCCCUGAACUGGCUGCCCUGCCUACGCCUGAGUCCACCCCUGUGCUUCAGCAGAAAAGCCUGCAGCCCAUCAAAAACCAGUGGGAGAGGGCUCAUCCAAAGGCCAGUGGACCCCAUAAGGAGUCCAACUCGUCUGCCAAGAGUCCUCAGUUCCUUCUUUCUUCUGCUGGUGCUCCUCCUAACUCCAACUCCAUCCACCCUCACCUCGCCUUGGGACACUCCCUCAUACCAAGUGCGGUUGUCCUGCCCAAUGCCACACAUGACCACUCUAACCUUGACAGUGGAGAGGAUACACUGCCGCAUUCGUCUGAAAGAAAGCUGAGGAACCCAGACUCUAAGGGAAGUAGGAAAGAACAGAAAAGGUCUGUGGAUGCAAGAAAUACCCUAAAUGACCUUUUAAAACACCUUAAUGACUCAGUGGCAAACCCCCAGGCCAUUCUUCCAGAAGGAUCGGGGCCACGCCCAAGACAACAGCUCACUCUGGAGCCCAUGGAGGAACUGACUGAAUUACCCCCCAAGGUGCCGAGCCGUGAGGCUUCCCUGUACUCCCCCUCCUCCUCCCUGCCGAGGCACAGCCCCACCAAGAGGGUUGAUGUGCCCCUGCCCACCACUCCCACAACGCCAACGGGCAGCCUGAGCAUGGGAGGCACCCUGGAGAGGCAAAGAGGGGGGUAUCAACUCCACCGGAGUGCCUCUCACAGGCACUCCCUAUCCACCUCGCCAAAUGGGGUAACCAUGGGGGUGUCUGUGUCUCGCCAACACAGUAUGAACAGGGGGGGUUACAUGCCCCCAACACCCCCCUCCAGACUUGACUCCCAAGGCGGAGUGAUGGGGGCGGGAAUGCACUCAGCCCACCCAUCCUCUGCUCCCCGACAGAGCAACUACAGUGGGUAUGGCUCACUCCCUCGCACAGGGCUUAAACGGACCCCAUCGCUAAAGCCAGAUGUGCCCCCUAAACCCAAUGGGUUUUCACCACAGACUCCACAGAUGCGAGUGGUCAACAAGUACAGUUAUUAAAAGAGCAUGGACACUUCUGAGUGAGCUCUUGGCCUUGACUGUAGAGCUUUGAGCCCUGAGGGCUUGGGGGGAGGGGCUACGGAUGGGGUUCGGGCCUAGUGUGUGUUUGUGUAUCGACUUAAGGUGUGUUCCCCCUUUAAAUGAUAUGCACAUUCACGCACACUGAAAAAGGGAAAAAUCACACGUGGCCAAAGAUACUCCGUGGGGCUUUUUUCGCUCCCUACAUGUCCACCUCCCUCCCUUGUCACGGUAGCCACAGGAUAUGAACAGUGGACGGUGGUGAAUCUGCUGCUCCCCGUUGUAUCUGGGCUCGGGUGUCUCCCGUUCCAAUAUUAGGUACGUGGUCCAGGACACCAGCUGGGGUCGCUACGGCGUCUGUGCGUGGAGUGCUGGGUUUAAAGCCGUGGAAUACUUGAAGAAUGGGUCUCAUUUGUCACUGCCCUUGAGCACUGUCUUCCCACUAAUGUGAACUGAACAAAGAGGAGGGGAAGGCCAUGCCUUUGUUAGUAGGAUGGCUGGAGGCUGCGGAGAGGGAAAUCCAAAAUGUGUGUGUGUGUGUGUGUGUGUGUGUGUGUGUGUGUGUGUUGAUUAAGAUACAUAUGACCGUGGACAGCUGGAUUAAGCAGCAAGCGAACAGAGAAAAUGGUGCAUAUGAAUGUGUGUGUGUGUUGGUUGAUUGGAAAGCAGAUUUGUGUAAAGGCAGUACACUUGUUUAUCGAGUGGCCACAUGCUAGAGGAUGCAACUUAAAACCUGUCUGAGACCCGAGUCACUGUCUCUCAUUCCAAUAAUAUUAUCACAUCUUUGGUCUUUUCGGGUCCAUCUGAACCGAGUUGAACUCAUAUUUUUGUGUCAUUCUGUAGUGUUUUUGGUAAUUAGGUUAAAAUGAGGUGAAGUUGGUCAUGCUGGGUGUAUACUGGCACAGGGACUCAAACUCAUUUGGACAUUUUACGUAGUAUUUGCUGCUAUUGGUUUUAGACAUCGGCGUUUGUCUUGGAUGGAUUUCUUUUUCUCCACCAGACUGGGAUAGCCUAUGAUAUGAGUGUGCACAUCUGCGUGUGUGUGUGUGUGUGUGUUUAUAUUGCAGACGGAAGCCAAGAAAUACAGUUUUCAGCAACCAAACACACUGUUGAAACUGAUAUAUUGGAAAAAAUGCUUCUCUCCAGGACUGAAAACUCCCCUAACCUCCACUGCCCCUUUGUAGGAAUUAUACUGGUGGUUCAGGAGACUUCUUUCUUUAUGUAGCAAUGGUAUUAAGAAAAAAAAAACGCAUAAAUCUCAUCUCAUUCUAUAAAUUAAUUUUGAACGAAAUGGUUUGCCUUUAUAAUGUUUUACAGUGUUAUUUAAAGAUUUUACCAUAUGAAAAACUAAAGCAGCACCCAUGGUUAAAGCCCAAUUCAACAUUUCAGGGCACAUCCUGUUCCGUUAAACUUGUGUGUCCCCUAACACGAUAACGCUAGAAUCUUCCUUCUACAUUAACGCUAUUAAAAAAAUAAAAAUAGGUAUAUUAAACUGACCCUAGAACAAUACAUGGAUGUAACACCUCUGUCAUCUGCCGUGCUGGUUCUGCAGCCCGUGUUCCUUGUGCAGCUUCCCCGCGAGUGGCCAGUGUACAAUCAACACAACAAUUUACCAAUGUGUCCAAAUGAGUCAUGCUGGGAAUGACAAGAUCCUGUAUAUACUUAAAUACUAUAAAUAAGGAGUAUAAAUAUUUUUAGGCAAGUGAACCUGAAUCUGUGCAUCGUGUGCCUUAUUCACAAACUGAAUUACUACAGUAUAUAAUAUUGGCAAUGUCAAUUGGUCCUCUGUAUGUUAUUGUCAUAUACUAUAUCGACAAUUUUUAUACUAAGCAUUUUGAAAAUCAGCAGGAUGUGUUGGAAAAUCACAACCCGAAGUGACGCGGAGAAGGAAUUGGCUGACAAGACACUCCACUUGUGAACGCUCAUCUUACAAAAAAAGGACAGCGAAACCUGUUUAUUUGGGGUAUGAAUUAAUUUCUGUUUCCUUUACUGCCGGCGUUGAAAAGAAUGGUGUUAAUCCACCACAUAGGAGGUGCCAUGCAGUGAAUGUAUUUUCUUGACAGUGGGAUGUAGGGUGGUUAGAUCUCGCACUGUGGAGCGGUCGGCUCAAACGCAGCACAUCCUGCCCACAGCCAAUGUAUUAACAGUGUUCACGCGAAAGCCACGGGCGGCGGUCACACAGAAUCCCUAAUCCCCCCAGGAUUGCACCGACCGGGAAGGGUUUCUAUUGGUCGGUAGUGACGACUGAGGGAUCAUUUCCCUUGGGUAUAUUAUUUGGGUGACAUCUGCAAUCCUAUCCGAGGGUCAGUUGCCUGUUUAACCCAAAGCCACAUUUUGUUUACAAGUGAUGAUUGUAUGUAAAGACGUUCUGCCUGUCAUCUUUACCAGUGUUUGGGCUCUCUUUUCUACUCGACACACGCACACUCGACAUCGCAAACACACACACACACACACGACAUACAACGCUCAACUGCCUUGUACAUUGCAAUAUGAACUGGGUCUUUCUGUUGCAAUCUAAAUUGAAGCCUUUAUAUUUCAGUCUGAGCUCGGUGUAUGUGCAGACGAACCGGAUUUUGUCAUGUCAUUUUGAUUUAAAUACUGUGCGACAUGGCGAUGCCAGGCCAGCUGUAUAUAUGAUCUCCAGAGUAUGUCAGCGUGUAGAUAUGUUGUAAAGUUGUACUGUGAAUGUGUAAAUAAUAAUAAUGAUGGUCUUUUGUUUCAUGAUAUUUUUUGUUGAUUUUUUUUAAC